CUCAAGAUGACGCCCAGGUACUUGAGGUUUUCCAGCUGCAACAUGACCUUUAAAUCCCUGUCCUUGCUUCAAAGCACAGGGAGAAGUUUUGCAUCGGGACCGAGAUUGGAAGAGGAUUAGUGACCAAAACCCCAGAAAGUGUGCUUGAUCAGCUGAAGGACUACAGGCGUCGUCAUGAGGAGCAAAGAAAGCAGCCGCGAAAUGGAGGAGCGAGAAGUCUUGGCAGAACUGGAUGAGACUGAGAGGAGGUUAAUGAAUGAUAAUCUGGUAUUUUUACAAUCAGAUAACAUUUGACCAGGAUGAUCCCACCCCCAGAGAGCAGUGGAUGCAAGAACACAAGAAUCAUUUGCAGAAUCUGGCACAGAACCAUGGAGAACAUGUUAAUGGUAUAUUACUGCAUAACAAGGAACUGGAGGAACAGAGAGCAGAGAUUGUGAGAAAGUUAAAUGAAUUGUCGGAAAAAAGCAAGAACUUUUCUCAAGUGGAGAAAAUGUUAGCAGAGCUUAAGGCACAAGAAUACAAAAAUGAGCUGCUCCUGGAGUCUAUGAAACAACAGCUGGAAGUCCUACAGCUGGACACAAUACAAAAUAAAGCUGUAAGUAGACAGAGCACUUUGCAGUCACGCUCCUCAAAGAAAAAGGAAACUGUUCAGCAGGCACAGACCUUUGUGCCUUUCUAUGGUGGAGGAAGCCUAUCAUCUGAAAUCAGCGCCCUGCGGCUGUCCUACCUGCAGAAUGGUGGCAAUGAUCAGCUGAUCCUUGUGCAGUUGCAUGACCUCUUGGCAGAAGCUCUUCAAGUGGAACGGAGGAUGAAGCUGCCGAGGACUCAUCGGAAGGAAAGAACUGACAGAGGGCAUGAUACACUUCGACGCAAUUUGGAUUCCGAGCUGAUCUCUACAGAGAUAGAAAAUCAACGCCUGGAAGAAGAAAUUCUGAAGCUGCAGGUGAGGCGACAAAGAAACCAAAGAAGGCAAAAACCACUGAAGACUUCCAUUGGGGAGAAGACUAACAUUAUCAGAAGAUGAGAAAGAUCGAGUACAGAUAACAUGGAAAGACAACAACCAGAAAAUGAGGGCUCUGAAAACAGAAAUUGACCUUUUGAAACAAGACUUGGAGAUUCAACGUCUUCAGCGUCACAUGAAGAGCUCAAAGACUCGAG